CCGGUGAGUUUUUUUUGUUUCCUUCCUCCCUUAUCAUCGCCGUCGCAGAUCUUCUGUAUCGCUUCUGAGAAAUUUGUUUGCUAGUCUAAUUUCCCAGUUUGAUUUUGACGUUUGGAAAGAGAAGAGGGUUAUCAAGGAUCAUGGAGGAUAACUAUUGCUGCUUUUACUCGAAGAUGGUCUCUAAAUGCAGCAUCGGUUUGGUUCUAAUUAGCUUGGCGAUUGUUCUAAUGGUUCGUGUACUGUAUGUUAUAUACCGGUGUGGCAAACCUCUUCCGAAAGGAGCUUCACGGUCUUUUAGUACUCUUAUUGUUCUUGGCUCUGGGGGACACACGGCAGAGAUGUUGAGUCUCCUCUCUGUUUUGCGGAAGGACAGAUUUGCGCCAAGGUUUUACAUUGCUGCGGCUACGGAUAACAUGAGUCUCCAGAAAGCUCGUAGUUUUGAAGACUCUGUAGCUGAGAAGCCUGUUGUUAAGGAAGCUUCCUCACAGUUCACGCAAAUUUACCGGAGUCGAGAAGUUGGUCAGUCUUAUGUGACUUCUGUUUGGACUACAAUUGUUGCUAUUGUUCAUGCUCUGUGGCUAAUGGUCCGGAUCAGACCACAAGUGAUUCUCUGCAAUGGUCCUGGGACCUGUAUUCCUCUAUGUGUGAUCGCUUUCUUGUUCAAGGUGCUGGGAAUUAGAUGGUCAUCGAUCUUUUAUGUUGAGAGUGUAGCAAGAGUGAAAAAACUCUCAUUAAGUGGAUUGCUGCUGUACCAUUUAAAGAUAGCUGAUCAGUUCUUUGUUCAAUGGCCACAACUGCAAAAGAAGUACCCUCGGGCUCACUAUGUUGGGUGCUUGAUGUAAGCUGAUUGGAACUCUCCUCGCACCUCGAAUUGGUACAAUAACUUAGAACUGCUAAAUAGCCUACACUCUUUAUAUACAGGAUCAUUUUCGUAAUACUCGUCUUUGGUUGCUAUGAAAUCAAGUUUUAUAUUAUGAACUUUUGUAAUCAGCUACUGGUCUGAAUUUGUCCAUGCCAUUUCACUGAGCUUACGAUGUGAUUUUGGGUAAUCUUUUCCAAAACUAACGCAGAGUCGUUU